AUGUCCUCAUCAUCGAUACCCCCAAGCACACAACAAGAUGACCGUACAUCGGCGCUGGAAGAGCGGAUUAGAGAACUUGAGGAUGCAGUAAGCUCCUCAUUCCAUUCAUUCCGAGGGGCUCUACAGCAGAUAUCCAGUCAUGUUGGUUUGCAAGAUAUGAGUGGAACAUUAGUUGGAUUCACUGCACGGUCGACUAGGGAUCAGGCCAUUCGCCCGGAUAUUCAGGCUGAAUCAAGCCCCGAGCUAUCCGAAGCAGGGUAUGAUGCGAAGGAUCUCGUCGACAAGGGGAUAUUGGCGUUGGCGGAUUGUCGAAAGCUCUUCGACUUCUACGGGGCCAACUGCAGCGAGAUUAUUGCAUUUUUCGAUAACACAAUGGACUCAUUCGAGGAAACCCGCAGAUAUCCGCUCCUCUUGGCGGCCAUGUGUACGAUCGGUGCCCGCGCGUCUGCACCUAGGCUGUAUCGUCAAUGUCUAAACGAAACCUACUCAUUAAUUCAGCAAACAUUACUCGGACCCGUCCCUUCUCUCGAGACACUAAAGGGUAUAUUGUUAAUAGCCGUGUGGCACAAGAAUUACCGGCUCUUGGGACUCGUGCUAUCAAUUGCUUAUCAAAUGCAACUUCCCGAGACGGCUUUGAGUUUAGUAGAUAAGGCCAAUCAGGCAAAAAAGGACGUGAUUAUCUCAGGUAAUAUUCAGGAGCAGCCAAUUACAUCAGAUGUUUGCAGGCAGCUCCAGUUUUAUGACAAACAGCUGGAAUCAUGGUUUCGACGGAAUGAUGAAGAAAUGGAUCCCAUUUAUCAGACGUUUUCCAAACCCCAGGACCGCAAUCGAAUGGCGAUACCGUACAACUUUGCCCGAAUGCACCUGAAUGGAUUCGUUCUUCACGGUCUCAAGCCGGAUAGUGCCAGAAACGAUGCGCUUCGAGUUCAAUUCAUUCGAGCAGCUGUUGCUGCCGGGAAAUCGUUGCUUAAAUGUGCUCUUCGUUCCAUCGACUACCAAACUAACUUGAACUAUUCGAUCGACUAUUCGGGCUCCGCUCUAGGCCUGGCAAUCAACUUCCUAUCUCGUGCGACGUGCGUUGCAUAUGACUGUAUCGACCUUGAAGGGGUUAUGCGUAUACUUGCACAAGCACGGGAUAUGUUUGAAAGUGCCAAGCUGGCUGGAAAGGCAGACGAGGUUAGUCAUAUUCUCGACCAAGUCGCUGAAAUAAAGCGUAAUAUGACGGCCGUCAAACCGAACAAUAACACAACCGAGGCGGAAAUUAACGACAAUGUGGACGACGGGUCGGAUUUCUUCCUGAAUGCUAGACUACCUUUGUCUGAAUUCUCCCUUGAUGAGCCAUCGAUUGAAGAUAUUCUUAUGUAUUCUGGAGAGUGA